UAUUGACAACACUGACUAACACGUGUGAUAUUCUGGAGAAUUGUUGUAUAUACAUUGUGAACAUUUAUUUAAACAGAAAUGAAAAGUAAACAAAAAUGUUCCACAGAAUCGUUCAGUAGCGAUUCUAGUUUAAGUGACGGAGAGGAAGAAGAAAGUAAUAAGAAGAUUACUGAAGGUGAUGUUAACACCGAAGUAUGCAGUAGUUCUGAGGACGAGGACGAACCGCAGCCUUGCAUGAGUAGAGCUUUGCGGAAGGCAACGAAAAAUGGUCACACCUCUUCUUCUAAUGGCGAUCCGGAUGCAGACGAUACCAUGGAAGAGGUUCGUAUGCCAGUCUUGAAUCCCUUAAACUUAAUACGCAACAAGGAAAAGCGUAUGGCCUUAUUUCGAAAAAUGAAGAAAGAGAAACAUAAAAAGAAAAUGCAAGAACGUCGUGCUAGGCGUAAAGCUGGCAUUCCCGCCAAUCCGGGUCAUACCAUAGAAAGUUUACGUGAAGCAGAUCAAACCAUCGUAACAAAUUUAAAUGAUUCCGAAAAUGAAGAAUUGCGUCAGGAAUUGGAAUGCGAUGAAUUUAGUGCAUACUUUGAACGCAUUUAUGAACCCAAAGUUUUAAUAACAUUUGCCGAUAAUCCCGUCACAAAGACUCGUAAAUUUGGCUUGGAAUUGGGCCGCAUUUUUCCUAAUGCUUUAGUUAAAAUACGUAAUCGAUCGUCCGUUAAGAAAAUGUGUAAAUCAGCUAUUCGGGAAGAGUAUACGGAUGUUGUGAUUAUCAAUGAAGACAGACGAAAACCUAACGGUCUUCUAGUCAUUCAUCUACCUAACGGCCCAACUGCUCAUUUCAAAUUAUCCAAUGUGAAAUUAACUACGGAUAUUAAAAGGGAUCACAAGGAAAUUACUAAGCAUAGGCCCGAAGUAAUACUUAACAAUUUUACGACACGCUUAGGCCUUACAAUAGGUCGUAUGUUGGGUGCUCUUUUUCAUCAUGAUCCCGAGUUUAAGGGAAGGCGAGUUGCGACUUUCCAUAAUCAGCGGGAUUAUAUUUUCUUUCGCCAUCAUCGAUAUGAAUUUAGCAAAGACGGUAAACGCGCCAAACUAAGAGAACUCGGCCCACGUUUUACAUUAAAAUUGCGCUCGCUUCAGGAAGGUACAUUUGACAGCAAAACUGGUGACUAUGUAUGGAUUAUCACCAAUAAGCGUCACUCUAUGGAGGCUUCAAGACGCCGUUUCCACUUGUAACACCAACGCAUAAAUAGCCUUUUAUUAAAGUUAUGUUUACUGAAGCCAUAUUGUGUU